CCUGACAGGUGCCACCUGUGACAGGUGAUGGUGUCAGGAUGUCUGACGGGAGGCAGCGAACUUUGUCCACCUCCGGAGAGUCUCUGUAUCAGGUCCUGGCUCUGGAGAAGGGCUGCAGCCAUGAUGACAUCAAGAAGUCCUACAGGAAGCUGGCGUUGCGGUACCACCCUGAUAAGAACCCCGACAACCCAGAGGCUGCAGAGAAGUUCAAGGAACUGAACAGCGCUCACGCAGUCCUGUCCGACCUCACCAAGAGAAACAUCUAUGACUCGUAUGGCUCACUGGGCCUCUAUGUGGCCCAGCAGUUCGGAGAAGACAACGUUAACACGUACUUCAUGCUGUCCACCUGGUGGGCCAAGGGUCUGUUUGUGGUCUGUGGGUUACUGACUGGAUGUUACUGCUGCUGCUGUCUCUGCUGCUGCUGUAACUGCUGCUGUGGGAAGCUGAAGCCAACGCCCUCAGGUGAGGGGGCGGAGCCUGACUAUGUCUCCCCCGACGACCUGGAAGAGGAGAUGUUCAACAACCCCGACAACGACGUUGAAACUCCGAUUGUUCAGCAACCGACAAACGCCAGCGAGAAAACUCAGCUGAUCACUGACGGACACCGCAGAUAUGGAGACACGUACACAUGAAGACCACGGCAAACAGGAAAUGCAUGGCUGUUUCAGCGCCCCAACUGAGAUGAGAGGGAUAACUGUUAUUUAAAAAUGAAAACCAUCACCAUGUUUUGGUCUCGUAUGUUCCCAAAAUGUCACGCCGUUGCUUUUAAUAUUGACAUAAAUUGAAACUAAACUGCGGUGCAGCUAAAUGAUUAUUAAACUACAACGCUGAUUGGUUAUGGGAAUGAUGUAAGGAGAGACGCAGCUAAAAACAGCAGGAUUACCCCUUCAGACUAAUUACACACUAAUUAUACAUAAAGGUUACCGCUCAUCAUGGUCGUCAUGGUAACAUAACGACAGAGCUCAUUUGUUGUUGAUGUAAAUAUCAUUUUGUUUCCUGUUGAUCGUGUUUAUUUGUGCUCGUAUGAAGCUUGAUGGGGUGAACUGAAGACAGCUUGAAAAAUAAAUUUUGGUUUGUGACAUAAUGUGA